UUCAUCAUCACCAACACUCGGAUAUCCACACCAACCACCUCAUCUCAACAGCGCAACCAUCCACAACACAAGAAAGAGCAGACGAGAUGGCCAAGGGGAAAGACAACCCUGCCCAGACGAUCUUCAACAUCGCCGAUUCGGAGGACGACUCAGUGGAUCUCUACAAGGUAUUACAGUUAAGCUCACGCGAGGCGACCGAAGCUGAGAUCCGAACCGCCUAUAGAAAACAAGCGCUCAGAUAUCAUCCCGAUAAGAUAUCUGCCUCAAAAUCCGAGGAAGAGAAGCUUCACGCACGCCAAAAGUUCGACCAAAUCGGAUUGGCUUACAAGAUUCUAAGCGACCCCAAAUCUCGAGAACGGUACGAUAAGACAGGGAAGACCGAUGAGAACGCGUUCCUGGACGGUCUUGAUGACGAGGCUAGUUGGUCGGCCUACUUCAAAGACCUUUGGUCGGGCGAAGUUAACGCUCAAACGAUCGAGGAAUUCGCGAAGAAAUAUCGAGGUUCGGAGGAAGAAUUGGAUGACCUACGCGAACAUUACCUGGAAUUCGAUGGCUCAUUACCGGAGAUUCUAUCGCAUACGAUGUGCGCAACCGACGACUGUGAACCCCGAUUGGUCAAGCGAAUCGAUAAGAUGAUCAAGGAUGGCGUUCUACCAACGAAUCCCAACUGGGAGAAGACCAAGAAGGACACCAAAGCUCGUGCCAAACGACGUAAGAUGGCUGAACAAGAAUCUAAGGAAGCUGAAGAAUUGGCUAAGGAAUUGGGGGUCCAUGAUAAGCUUUUUGGAAACAAUGAUUCCAAUGCAGGUUCCAAUUCUCAAGAAAGAAAGAAGAAAAACGGCAGCAAGAAACAAGAUGAUCAAUCGGCUUCAGAAGAUUCAUUAAAAGCGUUAAUCCGAGCUAAUGGAGCCAAGAAACACGAAGCUUUGAUCGCUAAAUUGGAAGCUAAGGCACUCUCUGAAUCAUCAACUAACAAGAAAAAAGGCAAAAAGCCCAGUCAAGUUAACUCUAAGAAGAGGAAAAGUUUAUCGGAAUUCGAUGCCGAAAAAGAUGGAGAGAUGGAAGGAGAUGAAGGAGCUUCUACAAGCGGUCCGACUGAAGACGAAUUCAACAAGAUUCAGGCCGGUUUAAUCGCUAAUAAAAAAUCUAAAAUUGACUCUAAUGAUCAUUCUAAUCAACUCAAAUCUUCUUCUUCUAAAGAUAAGAAAAAGAAAAAGAAGAACUAAAUUCCUAUUGUAACAUUGUGUACUCCCCAGAUUAUUCCUUUCCUAGUUUUUUUAGCAUAUUUCUUUUUAUAUGGAAGAUUUUUUUUUUUAUGAAAGUGAA